GGUUCCUAUGGCGGCGGCCGGAGAGCCCGCAUCGACCCUGGAGUCUCCCGCCGCGGAGACCGCGCCGCCGCCGGCCUGCCGCUUCUUCCUGGAGGGCCGUUGCCGCUUCGGUGCCCGAUGCCGCCAGCCCCACCCCGGGGAUCCGACGCCGGCGCAGCCUAGAGGCGGGGCCGGGGCGGGGGCCGAGGCCGAGGCCGAGACCAAAAAGCCGCCACUGCGCACCGCCGCGGCCGUCAUCCAGCGCAUCCGCUGGGACCCGCGCCUGGACCCCGCCGACUUCGCGGUGGGCUACACCGACCGCUUCCUGGGCGUGGUGGAGGAGCCCUUCGGCGCCUUCUGCUGGGACGAGCCGCUGGCGGCGCUCGGGCCCGGCUCGCUGGCCGUCCCGCAGCACCGCAUCCGCUACUUCCGCUUCCGCGGCCGCAUCGUGUGGGAUCGCGACUCGCGCACGGACCACGUCUUUGGCUCCGGCUCCGCGGAGGGCCGCGGGCCCACCAUCCUGGACGCGCUCGAAGUUCUUGGGGACGAAGUGCAGGAUGACAUGGACGCGCUCGAGGCCGGAAACGCGCACGGUGACGAGCACGCGCCCGGAACCAGAGAGGCGCUUGACAGCGGGGAUGAGCAGGGGGUCGAGGACACACCUGGGACCGGGGAAGCAGAGGACUGCGCAGCUGCGCCCCCCUCUGGCGCCCCAGCAGGAGGGCUCGGACAGCCGCCUGGGACAGGCCCCGAAGCCGAGAGCCUGGUGCCGGCGGGGACUUCGGUGGAGGCCCAGGAGCUGGGCGGGGCCAGCAGCCCGGCUUCCCCAGCGAAGGAGCCAGAAAGGGCGCGGAAGCUGGCCGCCAAAGCCAGGACCAGAGAGGCGCGGACCGUGGCGACCCCAGGGCAGCCCCUCGAUGACUUCUCUGAGACAAAAGAGGGGUGUCAAGUGGAGUGGGGUACGGAGGCCUGGCCCGAAGCUGGCGGAGAGGCCACCGCGGCCACAGCCCCUCGCCAGCCUCGUCCCACGCACUUUGUGGCCCUCAUGGUGACAGAGCCCGGGCUGCAGGCGGGGGUGGCCAAGGCCCAGGAAGAGCUGGUCCGAGCUGCGCCUUCGUGCGCUGCUUUCCUGGUGCCCCCGCAGGCCCUGCACCUGACGCUGGCCCUGCUGAGGCUGGGGGGCCCCGGGGAGACAGCGGCUGCCAUCAGUGCGCUCAAACGCGCCCUCUCCGACCCGGGACUUGAGGUACCUCCGCAGGUGAUGUUUAGGCAGCUGGUGCUCCUGGGCCCCCACGUGCUCUGUGCGCCCCCCUCCCCCUCCCUGGAAAACAUGGCCCAAGGGCUGAGCCGGAGGCUGGAGGCUGAAGGGCUCAGAGUGCUACAGCCCCGAGGGGGGCUGCACCCCCACCUCACGCUGGCCAAGGUCCCCCGGGGCUCUCAGGGCCACCUCCCCAUGCCUGGGUCCAGCCCAGGGCAGGAGCUGGGGAGCCAGCUGCUGAGACAACUCUGGCUGUGCCGCAUGGGGAGGGCAGGGGACACCUACCAGCCCCUGGCUGAGAUCCCCCUGGGCUGACAGCCCCACACCUCUCCGGGCAGACAAAUCGGACCUCAGUGCCACACACGGAGGAGAUCCAGCCCAAGCAGGAGGGACAAAGCACACGCUCGCUCUCUCUCUUUAAUUGUGGCUUCUCUCAAGGUUCCACACGUGCUCAGUGAUCCAAAGGAAGAAUGAAGGAAGGAAAGGGGGGAGGAGGGGAGGGGAGGCAGAGAAGGAGUAUCUGGAAAAAAGGCAGCCUGACAGUCCAGCUGUUUGCAAACUCAUUGCACAACCUCCAAUUACAUGGCAGAAGAGGGAGGGAGGGGAAAAGAAAAGGGGAGGAAGGAGGGAAAAUAACUUAAAUAAACACACAAAAAGAAACGAGAAGGAGAUGUGACGUGAGCUGGUGAUCCAUGAAGGCGGGGAGGGGAACCGUUUACCUGUGCUGAACCAAGGG